UACAUGAUUGUGACAUUUGAAAUUAUUUCAAUCGCAGAUUAUGACCUUGAGUUAUUGAGCGCUGGGCAUCGCCACUUAAUGGAGAACAACUGGUUAUGUUAUAGUUUGUUUUUUGUCAGGAAAACUUGCUCAGACAGGGCCCCCCUUCUGAUCUCUGUAGAGUCUGAGGUCACAGAAGGAAAAAAAAUAAUCUCGAAAGUCUGCACGCAAUGAAUCGAGACGAAAAUGGGUUUCAGUUUCUUCUAGGUGUCGAGAAGCUGGUAGCACCCUUCGGAGUGUCCAUUAGUUACCAAUCAAAAUCGUGUUUAAAGUAUAGGGUUUCGUUUGAUUUGACUUGGAAGAGCGGAAAACCCAAAAAGGAACAUACAAUAUUUCCUUUCGGGUUUCCUGAAAGGAAGUAUUUAAGAUGUCAUCGGUACCUUCUGCUUGUUGAAACCUGCAUGCGGCGUUCCGCAAUCGCGACAGUUCGUGUCGUGUGCACCUUGCUGAGCACGAAUUUGUACAAAGCGCAUGUUGGCAAAUUAAGUUAAUGGCAACUGUGUUCUUCAAACAUAUUUGAACAGUUCGUAGUGGGAGCUGAUUGCAGUCAGCAGCAAUAUUUAUAUUGUUUCUUGCGGCGAGUGGAAAAAGAAUCGCUGCUUGAAUGAAUGGUUCAAGACUCCUAUAAACUUUCAAGUUCCUUAUUAUGAGUGCAGUGUUUCAUCAAGCGGUGCUCGAAGGCGACACGACCAAAGUAAAGUUUAUAUUGAAAUAUGGGCAAGGAAUACGGGUGAAUCAACCAAAUAAAUAUGGAAUAACCGCACUGCAACAAGCUUGUAAGGAUGGUAAUUUAGCUCUGGCAAACUUUCUACUGGAGCGAGGAGCAGAUUUGAGUUUUGUGGAUUCAGAGGGUCGCACGGCUCUCCAUCUCGCCUCUGAACGAGGUCAUUUGGAUAUUGUUAGCUUGUUGGUGAAUUCAGCUUGUGCUGAUGUGAAUGCAAGAAAUGCGAACGGGCAAAAAGCGGUCGAUGUCGCGAAAAACGAUCAAGUGCGUGCCCUACUUUCGCAAGCAAUACUCUCCGAAAGUUUCAAGCAGAAAUGUUCAGUCACGUAUGGCCUAGACGAAGGCGCGGGUUUCAACUUUAAAAAUGUACCAGGUUGGAGGUAUUCUAUCUCGAGCACGUCUACAGACUCAGGAGUGUCCGAGGAUUCUGGUUACAGCCACGAUAGUGGUUACGAUUCCAGAUACUCGGGUAGACAUUACCCCGCUGUAAGCUGUAAUUACAAUUGUAGUACUACCGAACAAACUGAUCAUUACGCCGCUAACGAAUGUUCACCGCGUUAUUACCGUGACCAGAGAUUUGAUAAGGAAGAGUUGAUUUACGCGCGGCGAAUCGAGGAACCCGCUAAUCACGCUAUGCUGACAAAAAGUCACUCAUUUAACGGCGGCCGACACGAGUAUGUUGUGAAACCAGGUAACGCGAAAAGAACGGAAGGGAAUCAAAGGAUGGGGUUUAGAGGCGAUGAAUCCCCGGCGCAGUAUCGAAGGCAACAGAAACUUCACAAAGACCCGACUAGGCGAAAAACGGUUACUUUUGGCGAAAAUGAAUCGUACACCAUCGCCCCUCGUGAAGAACAACGACAUCUGAAAAGUUGUUCUCUCACACGGCCGCCGAUGUCUAGUAUCCAUCGACAACCCAUACCCGAAUCUUGGCGGCACGCCACAACCACUGAUACGAGAGCUUUCAAUACUCGCUCGACGUAUCGAGAAGGCAGGGCGAUUAACGACAUGGAAAAACAUUUAUCCGAGGACAAGACUGAAAGUCCUCGCAAAGAAGGGAAAUUCAAAAAGCACAUUCUACCUAACUUCUUAGAAAAAUACGUUCAUUAGCUGUCUAAUAGUGUUGUUCUAAGUGCAUAAAUUAUGAAGGAAGUGUCCUCGUGUUUUAACCAUGAUAUUUUGCUCGGGAAAUGAUUUUUUUUUCCAAAGGAAAAAAAAAACCUUGUAGAAAGUUGAUCGCGAAGAUAUAUGGUAUAUUGUACGAUAAUCUGAAAAAAUAACCAUAUAUAUUGUUACAUUUUCCAACGUGAUCAUAACUCUUAUCAUUGGAUUUUGAUAUUUCAAAUUUCGUAGUUUGGAAUUUUUAAUACUCGAUGAUACGUAUCUAUUUAUGUGAGUGAUGUAAACAUUAUGUAUCCAGCUGCAAUUUUAUUUAAUAACUCCCAGGGGAUUUAGCGUUGGUUUAUAAUCGACUUUUAGUUCUUUAGAUUGUUUUUUCUCUUUCCCAUUUUUGGGCUAUUUAUGAAAUUUAUCUCGUAUUUCUCAUUCGUAUUUUGUUGUAUAUUCUCGAGGUGUUAAACGUGACUUUUAACUUCACUUAAAUGACUUAAAUUCUACUCUAGUUUCAAGUUGUAUUUUUAUUUUAGAAUCAAUGGUGUUUCGACAUGUUUCUGUCGAAAAAAUAGAUGUAUAAAUGUGGUAAUCAAGA